GACUAGUGCUGAGGAUUUCGGUGGAGUAUUUGCAGGGCUUAGACAUGCCCAUUUUGCGACCAUGAAGUGUACAAGUACGCCCCACGCCAUGUGGGAUUAAUAUAUAAAAGACGCAGUAAGCACUCUUCAGCAUAUCGUUAUUUCCAAGGCUUCAAAUUAUUUACAUGAUCAAGACUAUACAUAGAGCAUUCAUAUCAUCUAUUCACCUUCAUCCACUAUCAACUCUGACAAAACACCAUCAAUUCAGGACCACCAUCACCACCAGCAGUUUAUAUCAAAACGCAUCUCCACCAUCAAUAACGACAAGAACCCCACAACCCACCAUGGCCACCCCAUCCGUAAAAAACACCACCCAAAUCGCGUGGAGCGACCCCGCCAUCGCGCAGAAAUACGCCCGCGCCGAGAAGGCCUCUGGCCCCUUCGCAGAGGUCAUGAUCCAGCGAUCCGACAUCAAGAACACGCCCGCAGGCCAGGAGCUCAAUGUCCUCGAUCUCGCAUGCGGGACGGGCGCCGUGACGAAGGCCAUGUACGACGCACUGCCGCGCGAGCAAUGGGACGCCACAAAGGUUCUCGGGGCCGACAUCUCAGAACCCAUGCUUUCGUACCUGAAGGAACGGGGAGAGAAGGAGGGGUGGAAGGGGUUGGAGACUCGGGUUGUUGAUUUGAACGACACCAAGCUCGCCCCCACAACAUACACCCACCUCUUCCUCAACUUCGCCGUCUUCCUCUCGCCCCCGACCGUCCUCCAAGACCUCUCCAAGCUCCUCCGCCCCAACGCCUUCAUCUCCGUCUCCACCUGGCUCCACAUGCCCUGGUACCACCUCGCCGCGCGCGCAGCCUCACGCGUCGCCUCCGCCCCUCCCUUCCCCUCCGAGCGCGCAAUCGAAGACGUCAUGUACUCCAAACGGCCCUGGAACUCACCCGAGUACCUAGCACAGGCGCUCGCGGACGCAGGGGUCGCAGACGUGCAGACGACGCGGGAGGAACGCGAAGUCGACUGCGGGACGCCGGACGAGUUCUGCGACACCAUGUUCAUGGUUCUGAAGCUCAUCCGCGUGGCGUGGCUUCAGGGGGUUCCGGAGGAAGAAGCGGAGAAGUUCGCGGGCAGUUUCGCGGCGAAGCUUAGGGAUGUUGCGGGCGAGGAGGCGGAGGGGGGGAGGGGGGACGGGCAUGUUUGGAUGUGGUUUAGGGCUACGGUUGGGUCGGGGAGGAAGGCGUCGUAGAUUGAUAGAUUCGUGAGCGUCUAGAUAGAUGAUAGUAAUAUAUACACGCCGAUGGCGGAGUUUAACCAAGUUCAACGACCACGUCCUUCCACCCUUCCAGUUCCCUCAAGACCUUCAAAUCGUCCUCACGAAUACCCACCCCAACAACCACGCCCCCAUCGGCCCCCUUAGGCAUCAAAUAGCACAGCCCCUCCACCGCCGGCUCGAACCUAGGCCUCCUGACCGCCCUCGGCACGCCGACCCCGAGUCCGAAGUCCAGCGCGUACAGCGGGAUCUUACACCACGAUGAGAUCAUGAAGUCCGGGCCCGCGGGGUCGAGGGUAGCCGUGAAGUUCGCGGGGCGGGCGUCCGGAGGCGGGCGCCGGAGGUAGGUGGCGAGGGCGCGGCUGCGGUGCGGGAUGUCGGUUGUCGAGGGGUGGAUUGCGGUGCGGAGGGAGGAGGCGAGGU